AUAAAAAAAACUUCUCCCCAUGCUCCUAUUGACUUAAGAGCCGCGAUCGCGAAUGUGCGCGGCUUGUAUCGAGCCAAGCUCCAGCAGUACAGAUAAUGUCUCAGUGCUGUCCAGUUCUGUUAAAAGAGGCGCUCAACGUUCAGUGAUAGUCCGCCACGAAAAAAAAACUCAGCCCAAUAAAAAACAAACAUCGAGCGAGGGCGAGACGGGAGCAAACAUCGCAACCAUGGAUUUCACCGUUCUUGGAACGAUUACCGCAGUGGUGAUCGUACUCGGACUGAUCUAUCGCUACAUGACGCGAAACGACUUCUACUUUGCGGAUAAGCCGAUGCCAUUUCUGAAGCCGGUAUUUGGAGUCGGAAAUUUAGGACCACUGUUGAGGAAGAAACGGGACAUAUUGGAGCAUUUUGCGUGGCUGUACAAUCGCUUCCCAAAUGAUAAGGUCUACGGAAUGUUCAACAUGCUGAAUCCGGUCUUCGUCAUUCGUGAUCCGGAAAUGCUCAAGCGGAUAGCCGUGAAGGACUUCGAUCACUUUGUCGACCAUUCCAGCUUCGGUGGCGACCAGGAGCUGGACAGUUCGCACAUGUUGGUUUUGAACUCGCUGGUCGCGUUGCGGGGCAACAAGUGGCGGGACAUGCGAGCGACACUUAGUCCGGCCUUCACCGGUAGCAAAAUGCGACAAAUGUUCGGCUUGAUCGGCGAGUGCGGACAACGGAUGGUCGAGUUCUACAAGGGGCAGUGUCAAGAUGGAGCCACCGAGAAGGUGAUCGUAGAAAUGAAGGAGCUGUUUUCGCGGUUUGCCAAUGAUGUCAUUGCGACGACGGCGUUCGGAAUCGAGGUGGAUUCCUUCAGACAGCCGGAGAAUGAAAUAUUUCUUCUGGGGAAAGCAGUCAUGCAACCCAACGGGUUUUGGAACACACUGAAAGGAAUUGGCUACAUAUUACUCCCGAAACUAAUGGUCAAAAUGAACGUUGAUUUUCUGAGCAAGGAACAUGAUCAGUUCUUUCGGAGAACAAUCCAUGAAACUAUAAAAAAUCGGCAAGAACACAACAUUUACCGGCCGGAUAUGAUCGAAUUGUUGAUGCAGGCAAAAAAAGGUAAUCUGAAGCACUCUGUCGAGAAACAAUCGAAAGAAGAGGCAUUUUCCGUGGUUAAAGAGUCUCAAGUUGGUAAGCGGAAUCAUGACCGUGUUUGGACCGACAGCGAACUUCUCGCACAAGCGUUAAUCUUUUUCACGGCUGGGUUCGAAACGGUUUCGGUAACGUUGUCGUUCAUGGCGUACGAACUGACUAGAAAUAAGGACGUCCAGAACCGGUUAUACGAAGAAAUUCUUGAAACGGAACGUUCGCUCGAAGGAAAACCGCUGUCCUACGAGGUUCUCCAAGCCAUGGUGUACAUGGAUAUGGUAGUUUCGGAGGUGAUGCGGGUGUGGCCAAUUGGGACGAUCGUCGAUCGGUUGUGUGUGAAGGAUUACGUCUACGACGAUGGACAGGGCUGUCGUUUUACGAUCGAGAAGGGCCGCACCGUGAUGGCGAGCGUGAUUGGGUUUCACCGCGAUCCGAAGUACUAUCUACAGCCGGAGCGGUUCGAUCCGGAGCGGUUCAGUGCGGAGAAUCGAAGAAACAUAAAUCCGGACACGUACUUGCCGUUCGGAAUUGGUCCGAGAAACUGUAUUGGCUCUCGCUUUGCACUGAUGGAGAUGAAAGCUGUUGUCUAUUAUUUGCUUCUGAAUUUUAGCUUCGAAGUGACUGAGAAAACGCAAAUUCCUCUUAAACUAGAAAAGAGUCCAACAAAAAUUGCUUCGGAGAAUGGAAUUUGGCUCGAGUUGAAGCCACGGGUGUCAAAGUUGUGAUUGAUUGUAUUCAUUUUUAUUCAUUAAAUGUAUUAUUAUAUAUUGAUUUUUCUAAAAUAAACGAUUUUAUGAUUUUA